AUGGAUAAAUUACCUGUUCGAUCGGUUUAUAAUGUACUACAAAAAAAUCCUCGAUAUCUUCAUGCUUAUCUUGACGCUGUAUUUUCAAAGAAUCCUAAUGAUUCUCGUGAUUUUCAUACACAGCAAGUAUCACUUUAUGCUGAUUAUGAACCUGAUAAAUUAAUGGGAUUUUUACGUAAAGCUGGAAAUUAUAAUUUACAAGAAGCAUUAGCUAUUUGUGAUAAAAAACAACUAUAUCGUGAAACUGUUUUUCUUUAUGGACGAGCGGGUAAUGGACGUGUUGCAUUACAAAUAAUUCUCGAAAAAUUAAAUGAUAUUGAAGAAGCUAUUAAAUUUUGUCGUGAAACAGGUGGUCAAGCAUUAUGGACAAAAUUAAUUGAACAAUCUGUUGAUAAACCAGAUUUCAUUAGAGGUUUAUUAAAUCAUGCUGGUAGUGAUAUUAAUUUACAACAAUUAAUUAAUACAAUCAGAAGUGAUUUACGAAUACCUGGUUUACGUGAUUCAUUAUGUAAAAUAAUGCAAGAUUAUAAUAUUCAGAUGUCUCUAUCAGAAUGUUGUCGAAAGAUAAUCGUUCAUGAUUGUUUGGCAUUACGAAAAAAGACAGUAACAUUACUUCAAAGUGGUUAUUUAGUCAAAGAUACUGAUCUUUGUGCUAAAUGUCAUAAUCCUGUAUACAGUCCUGAUCUUCAUACCAAUCCUCCAGUUUCUGUCUUCUUUUGUUUACAUGUCUUUCAUGCAAAAUGUAUUGAAACAAAUCCAGAUGUAUGUGGAAUGGUUUUACUUGGUUUUAUUGAUGAACCUAAAGGAGGAAAGACAGAUAAUGAUGAUGAUCCAUCAAAUUGGACUAUUUCAAGAAUAGGUGGACAACCUGCAUAUCCCAGUGAAGAAGUUUCAACAAAAUUAAAGACUUCCCUUCUCUGUGCAACAUGUCGAACAGAACAAAUAUUUGUUUGUCAAGUUUAUUGUCCAUUAGACGGUCAUAAAUAUGAUCGUGCUAUUUAUCUAUUUGCAUGUCGAAAUCCAUCUUGCUGGAAUAUAUCGAAUAGUUGGACUGCAAUAAGAUGUCAGAAAUUUGAUGAAACUGUUCAAGAUUCAAAUCCAAUUGAAGUUGAACAACUAGUUACUGUUCCAUCAUCAUCAUCUACUGAUUGGUGUGAUGAUGCUAAUGCAUGGAAUAGUGAUGAUGAUGAUGAUGAUGAUGAUAAUAAGAAGAAGAAAAAUGAUAAAAAACCAUCUUCUAUGGUAACAACAAUUAAAAAAGAACCAGAAACAAUGCUAAGUUCAAUCAAAAUUGAAGAUGAACAUGAAAAAUCAUCAAGUGAUGAAGAUGAGGAUGAGGAUGAUGAAAUAGAAGUUAAAACAAAAUCAAAUGAUAAAACUACAUCUGUUGCAUCAUCAGAUGCUUUUAAUCAAUGGAAAGAAACAAAUUUAAAUAAACAAACAUUAGAUAUAUCUAAUAAUGCAUCUUUUCCAUUUUAUUAUAUUGUUAUUGAUGAUGAACAAGUUAUUGUUAAUGAAGCAAAAUUAAAUGAAAAAAAGAAAUUAAAAAAUAAAAUGAAACAUUUAAAUGAUAUAGAUGAAGAUGAUGAUGAAACAGCUAAAGGUGGAAAAGAAAAAUAUGAAAAAACACCUGAUAUUGAACAUGGUGAUGUAGUUUUUUAUCGAUUUCAACAAAAAAUUAGAUAUGCACCUGAUCAAAUUAUUCGAUAUGAUUGGUCUGGUAAUCCGUUGAUAUUGACAAAAGUCGAUACAAAUACUUUAUCAACUACUCAAAAAUGUCGUUAUUGUCAAUCAUCAUGUGUUUUUGAAUUUCAAUUGAUGCCAGCGCUUGUUAAUUUUCUCAAAAUAGAUAAUCAAAUAGGUCUUGAAUUUGGUACUGUUUUUGUUUACACGUGUUCAGCUAAUUGUUGGGAUGAUAAUAAUGAUCUGUAUCGAUUUGAAAAUGUGUUUGUUCAAGCAGAUCCUGAUCAAAAUCUAUUUGAUUAA